CAAACACUACAGAAACCGUUGGAUUGCGAACGGGGGCACGGGAUCUCAGAUCCUGCGCAUGCUCGGUGUAAAGUAAAAGGAAAAGCUAGCUCGGUCCCUGUACAUACAGGUUCUUUCGCUUCGGAGAACUAUGACGGGAGCGCAUGGGGGCUCCUCGGAGGCCCUUCGUUACCCCGAGUACGUAGCCGGCAGCGGGUCCCCGGACUUAAACAGAGGGCUGGCCAGAUCUAUGAUAGCAGUCGGUCUUGGUGUUGCAGCUGUUGCUUUUGCGGGUCGAUAUGCAUUCCAGUUUUGGAAACCACUAGAACAAGUUAUCUCAGGAACAGCAAGAAAAAUCUCAGCUGCUAGUCUUUCUUCCUAUUAUAAAGGCGGAUUUGAACCAAAAAUGAAUCGUCGAGAAGCUAGUCUUAUUUUAGGCAUAAGUCCAUCUGCUGGCAAGGACAAGAUUAGAACUGCUCACAGGCAAAUCAUGCUUUUGAAUCAUCCUGAUAAAGGUGGCUCACCUUACUUAGCAGCAAAAAUCAAUGAAGCAAAAGAUUUGUUGGAAUCAAGCAAUAAACAUUAGGACUCCAGGAUUUACCUUAAGAAACAUGGAACUUUACAUUCUGUCUACAAAACAUCAAGUAGAUGAUACCACAACUACUUACGUUCUUUCCUUCCAGAUUGGACAACAGUGUUAAAGGACGGAGCUGCAGUCUCAUUCAUAAACACUUGAAGACACAGUUUUAAUGAUAUAAUAAUAAAAUCAUCUGUUACUUUCUCAUUAGGAA